UAAGAGAUCUAAGCCUGACUAUUUUUGUUCGUUUUGGAAAGAGGUCAAUUUUGGUUUACGAAAAAUCUCUUUUGCUUUGUAGAUCCAAUAUUAUCUAACGAUCAUGCGGAAUUGUACCUGAAUUCUCGAUAACUAUUUUCAAAAGAGUCCUAACGUGUAAAUAUGAGCGCCUAUGGAUCUCAAGACUCGAUCAGGGAACUCAAAGUUUGUCUUUUAGGAGAUGCGGGAGUGGGAAAGUCCUGUCUUGUCCAUCGUUUUGUCUCAGAUAUAUUCAAUGCCUCAUCGCCUCCAACCAUCGGAGCCGCCUUUAUGACAAAGAUGAUGAUAGUUAAUGACAAGGCGUACAAAUUUAACAUCUGGGAUACAGCUGGCCAAGAGAGGUUCAAGAGCCUGGCUCCACUUUAUUAUCGUGAUGCAGCUGCUGCAAUUUUAGUUUAUGAUAUAACAAUAGAGAGUACAUUCCAUUCAUUGCGCCCUUGGAUACGAGAGCUACAACGUUAUGGACCUCAAGAUAUUGUUAUCGCUGUUGCUGGCAAUAAGUGUGAUAAGGCAGACCAGAGAGAUGUGCAAGUGCAAGAUGCACAGGACUUUGCCGGAAGUGUUGAUGCAAUAUUUGCAGAGACAAGUGCGCUCACAUCUAAGAAUGUACAUUGGUUGUUUGAGGAACUAUGUAAAAAACUACCCCAUGAGAACAUGGAAGUGCCGUACCACCACAAGAAGAUUGGCACAUUUCGACCAGAGGAAAGACCUAAUAAGUCUGGAAACUGCUGUAGUAGUGGGACUUCAAACUGAUUUUUUUAAAGAUUGAAAUUUGAAUAUCUGCACUAAGUGACAGGCCCUUUAUAUUUGACGGUGGAGUGGCUAGUUUUGUUUGCUUGAUUUUUUUUCCUGGACAAUUUUGUUGCUUGAUUUUUUUUUCUCAAAAGGAUGUGGCGAUUUUAUUUUCUCACAGUCUUUGCUUGAUCAGUUUUAUAAGGGCCUGAGCAUUAUUCGAUUUUUAUCGGGGGAAAAACAGCCAUUCCCCCCAUCAAAUAUCAAAUGGUCCUUCCCUAAUAUACAAAAUCGUCAAUGGAGUUUGUUAAACAUAUGUACAGUUCCCUACAUGUUGUAUCAGCAUUUUCUAUAAAAAGGUUUCAUAAUUGAGCUGCCAACAAUUUUGCUUUUAGUUAGCUUCAAAGUAAUUAAGAAAUGUUGUGUUUAAAAUAUUCUCUAGGCACAGGGUUGCCAAUAUUAAAAAAAACACACACACACAAGAUAUUUGUGAAAACCUCUAUAUUGGAGCUGGUUAAUAGCAGGUUAUUUUACUCACUACAUCAAAUGUUUAUAAAGAAAACAUCUUAAAACUAGCCUAAUCGAAUUUGUGAUUAAUUUCACUUCUAUUAGGGGGCUAAGUAAAAUUUCAGAUUAUUGAACUAGUUUUUUGAAAACUAUUAAAUAAUAGUUCAAUUAAUCCCAAAUUUUACUCGGCCCCAUGUUAUUACCUAUACAUCAUAUAAAAAUGAGAGGAAAGGAAUAGAAAGUGCAAUAGUCAAGGUCAUGAUAGACAAAGGUCAAGGUCAUUCUAGAUAAAGAUCAAAAUGAUU